CUCGAAAUCAAUUGUUUUUCCAAGAAACGAAGAGUCUUAAAAUUUGGAUGUCAAGUUUUGGACUCCCCACCGAAGAAUCUUAAAAGAAAUAAUGAAAAGCUCUUUUCGAAGAAAACCCUCCAAGGGAAGUACUCACUAACUUGAUCGAGUGUGUGGUCCCUUUCCUCCCUAUAUAUAUACAUGCUCCAAUUUGUGUUUUUACAAUACAAUACCAACAGAGCAGAGCUAUAGUUACAUAAACAACAGCAUUUUUUCAACUCUCUGUCAGGCUACAUACGUUUCCUGUUAAUUUGAUGGCUUACAUUCCUCCACACAAGCGGUAUUCCAAGGAUGUGAGAAGGGCAUCCCCAAUUCCAGAGACACUGCAUCGUCAGUUUAAAAGAAAUAUGAAUUUGAGAGCAUCCACUUCUCAUUUAGAUAAGAGUGGAAAGAUCGUUUACGCAGACCGUUGCAUAUCUAAAUGGUUCGCUGUUGGUUUGGACGAUGAUGACAACUUUCCUCCUCACAUCCAUCUCGAGCCGAUUUCCUUGGAAUAUGUUGAGCGUAAAAGUGGAGAAAAGCCUCUGGUCUUGGUGAAUAGCGUUGUAACUGAAGAGGAUAGCAAAUUGGAAAGGAAUUGCUCCAGAAGUCCAUGGGAGAUUAUAGCUGAAGAAGUACAGCAAGAACUACUCUCUUCUUUCGAAAUCUUGAGGAAUGAAAUGGAUGAUCAGGGUUCUGAAAGAGUAAAGCCAACAUUGGUUGCUCGAUUGGGAAAAUUUCUUUUUCAUGGGAGCCGUUCAAUGGCACUAGAAAGUGUCGAUAAAAUUCAGGUUGAAGAAGCCAUUUUGAGACAACUCAGAAGAUCAUUGUACACAAAUAUUCCUUCUUCAUACAUGGAGAAUAUUAUAGAUGGAGUGGUCCCAGUGAUUGGAGUUGAUUUUGAAGAGGAGAAAGAUGUUUAUCAUGUAAAGUUGUCUGAUAAUACACGGCCAGAUGCCACUAUUUCAUGCAAAUGCAGUGUGCUGGAAAAUAAAAAACUUCUCCUCUACAAGGUUGAACUAAACCCAGUGCGCCAGAUGGUCAUAGAUGUAUCAUGUCUUGAUAAGAAUCUGGACCUCAGGCUAAUGCUUAGCACCAAGAGGAUCUUAACAACUCUAACUGAUGACGAGAUGAAUAGCAUUAGAGAUCUGAUCAAUUCUGCAGUUCUAGAUUCAGAUAUGAAGGGUGGAUUAAGAUGGCCCCUAGGGAAGGCGUCUUCUGGUGGUAGAUAUAGCGUCACUGGGGCUUGGCACACAGUAACCAAAGCCUAUAAAAGUUCAUCGUUUAGGCUUAAAGUAAGAGAUGCCGAUCGAUUUGAUUUUAGGAGUGGAGCUGGGGAAGCUGCAAGAGAGAUUUAUCUGAAGUUGAAAAGAAUUGUUUCAGAAAUACAGGAACCGGGAGCUGAAAGUGAUUCAAUCUCCAAGAUGCUCGAGGACAGCUUAAGACUGAUAUGGGACAAGUUCUUAUGCUGCGAACGGUUUCUAACAUGAACACUCUCCCGUUUGGAAGGGGGGAAAGCCCCAUGGCUGGAACCUAUUCCAUCACGAGGCGCUGUCUGCGAGUCCAAAUUCUCUCCUCUCGUUUAACUUUUCGCUUGCUUAUAUGUAAUUCAUUGUUUUCGCUUGUUCUUGAGGGUAAGGUCAUUUGUGUGUGAUAUGAGGAGAGAUGCUGGAAAAACAAAAAAACAAAAAUUCUAUAAUUUCUUUACAGUUUUA